AUGCUUCGCUCCACAGGUGAUCGUUCUGAAGUCGAUCUAGACGAAAUGCUAGAGCAAGAUCAAGCUAAAAUACUUUUAUUUGGUUCAGGCGAUAGUGGCAAAACAACCUUGUUAAAACAAAUUCACGGAAUGACAUUUUCCAAAUAUUACAAUCCAACACGUCUCGUGGGAUCCAUUGUUCAAGACAUUCUCAAGAAUGUAAGAUUAGUUUGCGAGAGAUGCAUCGAGGGAGGACAGAUUAGUCAGGAAGAGUUUUCACAAUGUGACUAUAUCAUUCAGAUUGCAAAAUCAACGAAUAGCACCUCCACACCAAAGAAAUCCACAAGCACAACUCAGGAUUCACCACUUCCUAGCUCACCAAUCAACACGCCAGAUAAGAGAUCAAGUUAUGGAGCUAAUGCAUCAUCACCUGUUGGUGGUGGUGGACAUGGUGCUUCACCUGGAAGUGGAGCUGGAUCACCAUCUCGCAUGAAUAACUUGGUGAGUAAGAUGGACGAUGAUUUGCCUGAUAAGAUUCUGAGAUUAUUGAAUCAUUCAGAAAUAUUUAGGAAAACUGUCGAAUCAUGCAGGGAGAAUGAAAGAUUGUCGGAUGGAAUUGAACAUUUUUUGUUAAAUUCAUCAAAUUUGAGAAGAGUUUGUGAGUUUAAUUAUGUUCCUUCGAUAGCAGAUAUUGUAUAUUCAAGACAGAAAACAGUGGGUCUCAUAGAAACGAGUAUAAGAUAUCAUGAAGUUGAUGGAUUUCCAAAGAAGGAAAUUCACAACUUUAACGAUUUGGAAAAACAAUUUCCUAGAACCUUAAAACUUGUUGAUACCGGUGGUCAAUCAUCUGAAAGAAGAAAAUACAAGAAUGUUUCAUUUAGUAGUGUAAGAGCCUGUGUUUUUGUGGUCAACAUGUCAGGUUUCACUAAAAGUCUAUACGAGAAUGAGAAUGUUAAUGAUCUGAUUGAUUCCAUUGAACUUUUCAAAGAGUUAUUCAAUCAGCCAUUCUAUGAAAAUGUACCAAUACUAUUACUAUUCAAUAAGAUGGACAUGUUUAGCUAUCAAAUUCAGAAAGGAAAAGAUUUAAGUUCUCUCUUUCCAGAAUUUGACAAUAAUGCAACGAUUUUAGAGGAAAAAGUUGAUAACUCUCUCAAAUUCCUAUUCAAAAAGUACAAGGAUACUCUAAAUUCUAAUCCAAUACGAGUGCAAUACAUGCCAACCGCUCUAACUGAUUUGAAAGAUGCUCAGAAAGUAUUCGAAAGAGUUAUGGAACUGAGCGAAUUACUAACUUGUCCCGAAAGAAACAAUGAAAUGACUUCUAAUGAUAAGAAAAAGUGUACCAUCAUGUAA